AUGCCGGCUGCGGUGUCUGUACAGCUCGGGCGGUGCGAGCACGAGAAUCUGACGAGCGGGAAAAGCGAGAAUGGACGCCGAGAGAGGAGCGGCGACAUGGGAGAGAGGCGCCAAAAGGGAGAGGGAGAGGAAGAGGGAGGGCGAAAUGCAUCUGUAGACGCGUCUUCUUCCUCCUCAUUGCCUCGCGAAGACCCAUCUGUGCGGGGUAAAACGGGAGAAGUUGGAGACGGAAAAGUUCGCUUCGUCCUCGCCAUAGACGAAGCAGAAACGAUUGCCGAUGUCACCUUUCGCUACGCUUCCAGCUGGCGGGAAGUCCUCCAACGACGGCGACAGCAGCUGCAUGCGUGGUGGAACCAGCCAGGGACGCGAGCGCUCCUCGAAAGCCCAUCAAAGAGAAGAGAGAACGAACGGCGAGAGAGACAGCCGGAGGGUCGGGCCGAUGCGCAUCCGCGCGCGGAGACGCAGCCGAGUCUCGAGGGUGACGGAGAGACGAGCGAAGGAUCACGACACGGUGGGGGAGUGCAAAGCGCGUCUGAGACGGAAGCGCAGCAGGGAGACACCGACGAAUUCAUCGUUUUCGACGAAGGCCCAGAGGGCUCUCAGGAGCCGGCAGGACCGGCAGAAAACGUGCCGAAAGAGAGCGGAGAAGCGCAGCCAGAAGAGAGCGAUCCGGACGAAGUGGAGCGGCGUCUUCUUCUCGAACGCGAACCUCUCCCGACAAGCAAAGCUGGGUUUUCAAAACACCCGAAAUUCGUUCUCGCCUCCAUGCUACGGCCCUCAGAGUACUUGCCGCCUGGAACGCGCCCCGCGGCUUUCUUCCAGGGCGAACUCGUCUAUUUGCGCCGCGACGUUUCCUCGCUGAAAACGGAGCGUCAGUGGAGCCGCGAGGGUCGGCGUCUCCGCGCAGGCGUCACGCCGCUGCGAGUUGUCUUCAGGCGAAAUCUCGCCUCCCAAGGGCGUCAGCUGGGAGAACCAAACAGCCGGCGAGGCGGCGGAAGUCGCUCGCAGUGGCUAAACCCGAUCCUGCAACAAGAAGGGAGAGAAGAAGAGAGACGCGCGAGACGAGAAGAGAGAGGGACAGGAGACGGGCGGAGCGUGGAUCGCGUGACGCUUGGGCUCUACGGCGAGUGGCAAACGGAGGGAAAGCCGCCGCCGCGCGUGGAAGACGGUCGUCUCCCUGACAACGGCCACGGCAACAUCGAAGUGGGGAACCUGGGGCCAGUUCCGAUCGGCGCCGUCCACAUCUCCCUCGCGGACUUUCGCUGCUCGGGAUGUCCGUCGCUGUCUCCCGCGGGCAAGCAGGCGACGCCGCUGAGUGCCGCGAGUCUCGGCGGCGCUUUGGUGGCAGCCGCUGCGAAAUGCGGAGUGGAAUUCCGACCCGCAGUCGUCGCCUUUGAACGCAAGACAGGCUCCGGUCUCGCCGCGGGCUCCGCCGGCUGGAUCCCCGUGCGCGACGGGGUUGUGGUGCUUGAGGCGGACGAGGCGCGCGUGCGCGCAGCUUGGCGAGAGGAACGGGAGAAGCGCGAAGCGGCGUGGGAGCGGAGGCGCCGAAAGAAAGAAGAGCGCGAGAGAGAAGACGGCCUGCGGAAAUGGCGGGUUCUGUGUCGGGCAUUGCUCUUCUGGAAGGAAAGGGAGGAGGACGAGCGGCGGGAGAAGGGACGAAGCCGACCCGAAGGCGAACGCGUGUGA